CUUCUCCAUGUCUCUCGUGCUGGCUGAGCAGAUAUCAGUUUCUAGUAUCCUGCUGGUUGAAAAUAAAUGACCAGAUGUUAGCUCUGUUCUCCUCUGGAAUUGACGGUAUCACAGCUGGAGUUCAAGGCGCAACCUAUCGCGUACUAUACAGUCAAACGAAUGCUCCAACGAUUGCCCAACCUUUUCCUCUGCUCUCUAUCUCUGGCCCUCUCACUAUGGCUGUGCAAUUUUGCGGUCACGCUUUUCAGGCUUUUAUCAGCAAUCUGAUUCUCCAAAGCAUCUUCAGGGUGCUCAGAACUGUCUGCCCAGACGGGCACGAAAGAGCAGUCCGCAACGCGAAACCGCCACGUUGUCCUUUGCUGCCACCGCCUGAAACUCGGCAGCCACUUCGUGCCACUCAACACUCCGGCUAUUUCAAAGAUAUCCUUUCCUGGUUGCUCGGGCCACUGAACGAUGUCCACGCUGCCGAUACUGGGCCUGGAUUGGCGAAAAACAUGCCAGUGGCAUCUAUUCUUCCCACAAGCCACUGGGCUGCCUCGCCUCGUGCCUCAUGCGAUUCUUCCUCGACCGCCCUAUAUAAACCCACAAAAGAUGGAGGAUCCUCUCAUAACUCGAGACGUACUUGCUGCCCUCCAACCCGACCGCUCGGGGCGUGUGGCGAUAUGUCUCUUUCACGUACCGUCCCGUCGUCUACUAUCCCAACCUCUGGACAUACCAAUACCUUCCACCCGCGGUCAACAUCCUGGAAGAUACUCGAUACUUCUGGCCGCAGGUGCCCGACAUGCCUGUGGCCCCCAUGUAUCCCGCGCAGCAUCAACCCGACUUGCCGUUGUAUCCCACUACAUAUCUAAACCAACAAACUCAAUACACGGCAUACUCUCUAACGAUCAACGAUCCGCCCGUAUUCCAUUCGCCAAUGCCCGUCGGUAAUAUGGAGCACGAGGAUC